ACAUAUUUCUAUCUAUCAAGCAUUAUGGAUGAAAAAUUCGCUACUGCACAUCUUGCAUCGUUGCAAAACGUUGUCGUACCGCUUUCCGAUGUUGUCGGAACCGCAGCUAUUGGGAACUACAGCGAAAUCCUUCAUGUGGGGACGAAAAGUGAUUGCGAGGAGAAAGCUCUGCAAUCAUCUGCGGAGGAGGAUUCAAUAGAAUUCAAGCCUGAACCAGGAAUGGGUAUCGACAGAAUUGACGAUCACUCAUCCUUGAAUGCGCUGAUGAGUCAGUCCAAUCAAAUAAUGAAUGAGGUAGCUGUACGUAAUGAUGAGCUUCUGGCCGAUAUGUUGAGGCGCGGACUUAGCGAGGAAUUCCGUGCUUGGAGAGAGCAGACUACUGCCCUCUUGGAAGAGGCUGUGGCUUUGAAUAGGGAAAUAUUGCGAAGGCUUCCCGCUCCUGUACAAACAAACUCAGACGCUAUCAACUACGGCAUCGUUGCGCAAGAGAGGGUGGAGCGACUAAAGGAACUACGCAGUGAUAAUUGCAUCUACAAGUACUACAACGUGCCACUUGAUGCCAGAAAGACUGCAUGGAAGACAGCAAAGAAUGCCCUGAACGCGAGAGCUCGUCACAAGAGGAGGUUAAAAGCCAAUGGCGCCAUUUCCGAUAGCAAACCUGCGCAUCGUAAGUGA